GUAGCGCAGGGCGGGGCCGGUAGCGCUGGGCUAGCUUUGGACCUCCUAGGUCGCAGGGCUCCGGACUCUCGCUGGGGUCAUCGCCAUGGCCGGGUGUGCCCGCGGGUCCGCGCGUGCCGUGCUCGCCUUCCUGCUGGCGCCCGCGCUGGUGGCCCUGCUGGUGGCGCCGGCGCGGGGCCGGGGUGGCCGGGGCCACGGGGACUGGGGCGCCGCCGAGCUGCUGCCGCCCCGCGAGAACGCGGCGCUGGUGGCUCGCUUCGUGACGAACGUCUGCGACUGGGGCGCGCUGGCCACCAUCUCCACUCAGGAGGGGGUGCGCGGCCGGCCCUUCGCCGACGUCUUAUCGCUCAGCGACGGGCCCCCGUCCAAGGGCAGCGGCGUGCCCUACUUCUACCUGAGCCCUUUGCAGCAGUCGGUGGGCAACCUGAAGGAGAAUCCAUAUGCUACACUGACCAUGUCUUUGGCAGAGACUAGUUUCUGCAGGAAAUAUGGAUUUGAUCCCCAAAGUCCCCUCUGUGCUCACAUAAUACUAUCAGGAACUGUUAUCAAGGUGAGUGAAGCAGAAAUGGACGUUGCAAAGAAUUCAUUAUUCAUUCGACACCCUGAGAUGAAAACCUGGCCAUCCAGCCAUAAUUGGUUCUUCGCUAAGUUGAAUAUAACCAAUAUCUGGGUCCUGGACUACUUUGGUGGACCAAAAAUAGUGACGCCUGAAGAAUAUUAUAAUGCCACAUUUCAGUGAAGCAGCAUAUGGCGAAUUUAACCUCAUGUGCGAAGUUUCUUAGGAAGUUUCAUGCAGACUUAAAGCGCUUCAUGUUUCUUUAUGGAAAGUUUCCCAGGUUAUUAGACAGUUUUCUUCCCUUGCUUGCAUGUUUACAGAAUUGAGAUGGAUUGGUACCGCAUUUCUUGGAAGAUGAGAUUGCUGGAUAGAUUUAUAUAUAUUUCCGUAUUUUGAAGCCAUUUUCAUAGAGACAUGUCAUUCAUUAUGAUCAAAGAAGUUUUGUUCCAUCAAUUCCAAAUAGUUUGCCAAUGGUGCUCCUUAAAGAGGAGUGGGUACCAGUUUCAGAUUGCCCAUUGGCAUUUGAAAGUACUCAAGUACGUGUUUCUAAUUACUGAAAACCACUGUGCUGGGGAGAGGUGUCAUGCCUCCACGGGCUGCUGCCUGAGCCUGUAUUGAGGGCUUGGCUCCUGUUACAGUGCACCUGAAUAAAUCUUGCCGAGGCAAACGAACAGUGACGAAACACAAACGGAGCAUCUCACUCAUGGUCCAUUUAUGUCUGACAGUCCUGGGUGUUGUUGAUCCAACACAGGGCAAGACUGUUUCUUAUAAAGAACUUUAAAAAAAGCUUUUGAAGUCUAAAGUGAUAAUUAUCUAGAACAAAGGAAGUUCAUAAAACUUCCUGAAUUUGAUUUAAUCAAGGAAGUUCAUAAAAUUUUCUGAAUUUGAUUUCCCCAGCUAGGUGGACACUGUAUAAUCAGUUUCCUCCACUCAAAAUACAUAGAAACAAGCAUACAUUUUUUUUUUUUUUGCCCCAAAAUGGGAUUGCGAAGAAAGAAAAGAAAGGAGGGGAUUUUGUGUGUAAUUUGUUUCUCGUGUUCUUUUCUAAGUUAAGUGAAUGCAGAUAUGGACCAGUUUAAACCAGGGCCCAAAUCCAUCUCCCAACCACUCUCUCUAGCUUCUUUUCUAAUGCUACUCUCAACAAUGAACUAAGCCUUCCUCAGCUGCUUCAAAUCUCUGAAUGGCUUCUAAUGCUGUUACUACCUAAAUCAUGUCAUCAGAGGGAAAACAACAUGACUUUUAGAAAAGAAAUCACAUUUCUUCAGAAGGGAAAAAACUGUUUGCUUUUAUUACCUAUAUACAUGAUUUCAGAAGACUGUAUGAGAUCCAUCAUAAAGAGGUGUGUCAGGAGUCAAGCAACUGAAUCCUUAAAUGGCUAAGAGAGAGGAAAUUGAAUAUGAGUUUGAAGACUACAAAAUGAAUUUAUCUGAAGUCGAGCAAACAGCUUCUCUUUAAGAAAAAUGAUGUAUCUUAAACUUGGUAGAGUAGGUUUCUUAUCCAAGGCAUUAAUAAUUAAAAGCAUUAUUUUCAUGAAA